AAAGGAAUUUGCGAAAAAGCUGCGGACAUCAACCUCUUAUUUACUAGUAUCAGGGUUACACCAGAGUUGGAAAAGCAUGGGGUCAUGAGCUUAAUAAUAAUGCCACAGCAAUGUCACAUAUCUACUCUCAAGACUCGCACAGACACAAACCCACCCAUCUGAACUACCUCCUCAACGCCACCGCCCAAACCAAAUGCCUCAGACAUGCUACUCAAAUCCACUCCCAAAUCAUCACCAACAGCUUCAUUUCCCUCCCUUUUCUCUUCAACAACCUCCUCACCUUGUACUCCAAGUGUGGCCGCCCCUCUCUCUCCCUACUCCUUUUCUCGACUGCCCAUCAACUAACCAGAACCGUUGUCUCUUGGACCUCUCUCAUCUCCCUACUUUCCCAUCUCCCCGCACCCUUUCAGGCCUUGUCCUGUUUCAACCAGAUGCGGACCGCUGGUGUAUACCCUAAUCACUUCACCUUCUCCGCUGUUUUGCCAGCUUGCGCUAGCACUUCCAUUCUCGUUCACGGGCAGCAGAUGCAUUGCUUGAUUUCCAAGCACGGGUACGAGGGUUAUGUGUUUGUUGGCAGCGCGUUGGUGAAUAUGUACGCUAAAUGCCACGAUAUGGGCCUGGCAGAGAAGGUGUUUGUCGCUUUGCCUGAAAGGAACAUUGUUUCUUGGAAUUCCAUGAUCGUUGGCUGCUUGUUAAACAGCUUCCAUGUCAAGGCCCUUUUUCUGUUUAGGGAGGUUAGAAGGGAGGAUCUUUUUAGUCCUAAUCAAGUGAGUUUCUCGACCGUGUUAAGCGCGUCCGCUAAUAUUGGGGCUCUGGAAUUUGGAAAACAAGUGCAUGGGGUAGUUGUUAAACAAGGUUUACUCACAUUGUCUUAUGUGAAGAAUUCGCUUAUGGACAUGUACUUUAAAUGCGGUUUGUUUGAUGAAGGUGCUUUGUUGUUUAAUUCUCUAGGUAUAGAGAAUAGAGAUGUUAUUGCAUGGAACGUCAUGUCGAUGGGUUGUGUGUACAAUGAAAACUUUGAAGAAGCUUGCAACUAUUUAUGGGUCAUGAAAAGGGCAGGUAUAUCGCCAGAUGAGGCGUCAUACUCGACAGCCCUUCAUGCAUCUGCCCACCUUGCUGCACUGGAUCAAGGGACUUUAAUCCAUAAUCAGACCAUAAAAUCAGGGUUUUCAACGAAUACAUGCAUUGCCAGUUCGUUGAUCACAAUGUAUGCAAAAUGUGGGAGCUUAGAUGACGCUUGUCGGGUGUUUGAAGAAAUUGACAAUCCUAACGUUGUUUGUUGGACGGCACUGAUUGCUGCUUGCCAACAACAUGGCAAUGGAAACCACGUAAUUAAGUUGUUUGAAAAAAUGCUUGCAGAUGGCUUAAAACCUCAUUACAUUACUUUUGUUUGUGUAAUAUCAGCUUGUAGUCAUACAGGACGUGUUGAAGAAGGGCAUGCUUACUUCAAUUCUAUGGAAAAGGUGCAUGGUAUAAUCCCUGGACAUGAACACUAUGCCUGCAUGGUUGACUUACUAGGUCGUUCAGGUCAGCUAGAUGAAGCUAGGAAGUUUAUAGCACAAAUGCCGAUCAAACCAAACGCAUCUGUUUGGGGAGCUCUGCUUGGUGCUUGUGCAAAAUACGGUAAUCUUGAAAUGGGAAGUGAAGUUGCAGGGAGACUCUUUGAGUUGGAGCCCGAUAACCCUGGUAACUAUAUUCUCCUUGCCAACAUGUAUGUACAUAAAGGAAAGUUAAGGGAAGCCGAUCAUGUUAGAAGAUUGAUGGGUAUAAAUAGGGUAAGGAAAGAACCAGGAUGUAGCUGGAUUGAUGUUAAGAAUAAGAGCUUUGUGUUUACAGUGCAUGAUAAAUUGCAUGCUAGAACGGAUGAAAUUUAUGAGAUGUUGAAAAAAGUGAAGGAGUUGGUGACGAAUAAAGGAUAUGUGCCUCAAACGCAGUUCGCUGUUAAUAGUGCUGAAGAGUUGAAGGAGGAGAGCUUGUGGUAUCAUAGUGAGAAAAUAGCACUUGCAUUUGGGUUGCUAGCACUCCCUGCUGGGGCUCCAAUUAGGAUAAAGAAAAAUCUAAGGACAUGUGGUGAUUGUCAUACAGUUAUGAAGUUUGCUUCUGAAAUUUGGAAGAGAGAGAUAAUUGUAAGGGAUGUAAAUCGGUUUCACCAUUUCAGGAAUGGUUUAUGUUCCUGCAGAGACUAUUGGUGAUUGGCCUCCUUGAAUAAGGUUUGUAGUUACCUUUCAACAUUAUUGUCAGUUUAGUCAUUGUUAUUGUUAUCUUUGAGCGACAAAACAUAGUGGGCUAAUCCCUGCCAUGUCGAAGAUCUACACAAACUGUUCUUCCAACCAUGUCAAGCUCAAACGCCAAUACGUGUAAGGUGUUCAGUUUCAGUUAGUCUUCCUUGCGCCAAUUCUUAUCCACAUGCCAAUGGGGAGCAGAAUUGUUAAGGCAGCAACAGUAUGGAAUUGCGUAGCAACAGAAACUUCUUCUCAUGGGAACUGGCAGAUUUUGAUGGAGGAAGCCAAAUACCUUGAAUAGAAGGUGAUCCAGAUGCAAUUAAUUAAAUGGUCCGAAUAUCUGAAUGCCCCAUUCUUCCUAGGAACUAUUAUAUCCUUUCAAGCUAUGUACAAUGAAUUUAUAAACCACAAAAAUACCAAAUACUGACGGGUUAAGUAACAAACAGUUGACCAAAUACCCGCUUGGUACAAGAUUUUAAUAUUUUAAUAUUUUUAUUCUUUUCUAAUUAAA